AGUUCUUCCUCACCGCUAAAAUAAUAACAGAACAAUUAGUGAGCGCCCAUUCUCGUUUGAACUCGAGGCAGGUACUAAAUGUAAGGAAAGGUUUCACUGAAAAUAUAUGUCAGGAGGUAUUCUGCAAUUAAUCACAGCAGGCCAAUAAUAACAUAACAUAGUCUCUCUCUCUCUCUGACACACGCACACACCUCUCUUCCGGGCAUGAUUAAGAUAUUCUUGCCUAGCACAGUGUUACCUUUUAUGAACUUAGCAUUACACAGCGAUUCCUUUAAGAAUGAGGAAGUUUUAGUUUCGUUUUUAAUCCAGAAUGUGACAUCCCAAAAGAUGCACUGUAAAACCGAUGCCCAGUAUGCCGAUAGUUUCUGUCAUUGACAGUGGGCCUGGUGCCUGUGCGGUUCUACAAAACAGUUCUAUUACUGAGGGCACCGAAGGGUGAGGGCGGCAGGCCGCCCCUGUCCUCAGGACACCGUCGUGUUGCCCACUAUGAGGAGGUUUACCAGACGGAACUUCUGCAUGCUAAUUCUAGGAAUCGUGACUUAUGUGUUUGACAUUGUGACUGACAUUUGGACUGCUUAUAUCCAUUUAAGUGAGAAGCAUUACAUAUGGUGUGCGCUGACCGCCGGGUUUGUACUCUUGUCCGGAGUAACAAUACAAAUUUUCAGUUACUCCUGGUUUUUGGACGAUGAAGAUCCAGGAGGCACAGGAGGUGCUUCGUGUUCGGACUGCAGCAAAGUCCUCUGCAAAGUUGCUGUAGUUCACUGUUGCCAAUGUGGAAUUUUUAUGAGGUACUGGUUUGCUGUUCAAUAUGGCUACCAAGCAGCAAUUAAGCACUGCGCUGUGGUGAAGAACUCGAGUAGUGAUGAAGAUGACAUCCACAAAAGUGCAGUGACACAAGCAACUGACUUAUGCAUGCUCAGACUGUUUGAAACUUACUUAGAAAGUGCCCCACAGAUAAUACUGCAGUCCUAUAUUCUACUACAUUCUGAAAAAAGGACCUUAAUUCAGUAUGCAGCAAUUGUAACAUCGUUUUGUAGCAUUUCCUGGUCAACUAUGGACUACCAUCAGUCAUUAAGAAAAUCUUUACCUGAUAAGAAACGGAUACUGUGGGGGUUCCCAGCAUGUAGUUAUCUUCUGUACAAACUAUUCACAAUAAGCUCCUGGAUUCUAAGUCUGACUCUGCUGGCAGAUGUUGUACUCUGGGCUACACCAAUUCUUAUGGCUAUUCUCUGGAUCCUAGGCACAGUCUGGGCUUGCCUACAGUAUACUACAUUUUGCACUUCAAAAUUGCUGGAGUACUUUUAUAGGAUGGUGGUUGGCAUAAUCCUCAUUUUUACAUUUUUUAAUAUAAAAGGACAGAAAACUAAAAAACAUAUUUCUGUUUACUAUUUAUUCCGAAUGUUGGGAACCACAACAAUUCUUUGUUUAUACUGGUAUACAAAACCAUUGUGUAGUGAAAGUGCAUACUUCCCUGCAGUUAGCGUAACAGUAGUCCUUACUCUAGGAUUAGGGAUAAUAUGUCUCAUUUUGUAUUAUGGAUUUUUGCAUCCAAACGUAACUGACAGAGAACAACCUUUUGACGUGGUAGAUGGACUGCUUGAUAAAAAGAAAUCUAGAAGAGAACAUUUCUUACAGUAUUAAAAUAUUAAAGAGUAUGUGUACAGUACAUGUUCUUUUAUAGUCCAUCUAGUUCUUUAGUAUGCAGUUACGUACAGUUUUAAUAGCCAGCAUGUCCAACAAAGGAUUUUAAGCCUUGGUGAACACUGGUACAAAACUGCAAGCGUGCAACCGAAGAAUGUGGUUCCACAAAUAUUUUCUGGAGUGGGAGCAGCUGAAUUGACAUAGUUGAUGACUUUUGCUUGCUUGUUGUUAUGAUGCUGAUUUAACAGUUUAAAUAACUCAAGACCGAAAACGUUUGUUCAGCAUUAUAGUGCUUUUUCCUGCCUUGCACCAAGGCCACAA